AUGCAUGUAAUCCAAAUUGAAAGAGGGGAUGUGGGAGACCCUCCUACCCCGAAGAAGCAAUUUGUGGAAUUAGCGGAUGUUCUGGAAAAGGUGGAGGAAGCCAGCCUCGAGUGGCCCCCAGCCGAUAAAUGAGGCUUCUGGCCUGGAAUGUGAGAGGAAUUGGGUCAUCCCUCACCUUCCAAACUGCUGUAGGGCUUGUUCAUUCUAAUAAACCGGAUGUAGUCUUUUUAUCUGAAACACGAUCGAGCCGGCGUGUAGUGUCCCGCCGUAUGCGGGGUUUAGGUUUUGAUAGUUCUCAUUGUUUUUUUGUUGAUGCAGUCGAUGCAUCGGGUGGGUUAGUAGUCGCUUGGGCCCCCGGUGUUGACACUUCAGUGUUUUGUCAUUCCAAUUUCUAUAUUUGUUCGCAAAUUAAUGAAGGAGAUUUUUCUUAUUUGGUGUUUUUUUGUCUACAUUAGUUGUAAUGUUGCUCUUCGAGCCACAAUUGGCUCAUCUGCGAGAUGAUUGUGUGACUAUUCAUCAUCCCUUUGUGAUCAUAGGUGAUUUUAACACCACCCUCCAUGAGGGAGAAAAAGAUGGGGGUCGUCCAUGGAAUGUGGCGCAAGCCAUUAGCCUUCGGGAUUUUGUUCAUGAUUUGGGGCUCCAUGACCCAGGCUACCAAGGGGAUCAGUUCACUUGGACCAACAAACGUAUGGGUGCGGCGUGCAUUCGUGAACGUCUGGAUAGGGCACUUUGCUCCCAAUCCUGGAUUGAUACUUAUCCUGAGACUUUGGUCAAACAUUUCACGGAUUAGGGUUCGGAUCAUCGUGCCCUCCUUCUCGGUGAUAAACCUUAUACUGGGAGUAGUCGGCCUCUAUUCUGGUUUGAUGCACGUUGGCGGGAUAAACCAGAGGUUAGGGCUAUGGUCCAUUAUGUCUGGCAGGAGGAGAUACAAGGUACCCCCUAUGUUUCGACUUUGGGAGCGCCUCAAGAAACUCUGUCACCUGCUCUAUGAUUGGAGCAGGGAAGGCACUACGAACUCCUUGCGGAAUAUAAAGACUCUCCAGGCAGAGAUUGAUCGAAUCAAGUCAAUCCAUCAGGUGGAUUGGGAUGUGAUAAGGUCCCUGGAGACGGAGCUGACUCGUCUGUGGGAUGCAGAAGAGCUAUACUGGCAUCAAAAGUCCAGAGUCCGAUGGUUAAAAAAAGGGGACCAAAAUUCUGCUUAUUUUCAUACCGUCACUCGCGCUCGACGGAAGAGGAAUUUUGUCUCUGGGCUCCGGAAUGAUGAGGGCGAAUGAGUCACUGAGGAAAGUAGGAAGGCUACGAUUGCUACCUACUUUUACCAAACUCUGUUUACAUCGGAGUCCCAGGUUCCUAAUAUGACUGAUAGGGUGGCGAUUCUCCCCAUUUCCCGUACUGUUACUCCGCAAAUGAAUGCGUUGUUGACGGCGGUGGUUUUGCCUGAUGAGGUUCGGAGAACGGUCUUUUCAAUGGGGUCGAAGCAGGCUCCGGGGUCUGAUGGCUUUACCGACAAAUUCUUCAAAGCAUUCUGGGAUAUUGUGGGCACCUCGGUGAUUGAUGCAGUAUGUUCAUUCUUUUCAACUAGUCGAAUGUUGCGGAGUUUUAACCAUACUUGGCUCACUUUGAUUCCUAAAGUGGAUUCUGUGGAAACAGUUCGCUAGUUGCGUCCGAUCGGCCUAUGCCAAUUUGUUUACGAAGUAAUAACCAAGAUCAUGGCUGAACGACUUGUAGGUCUGCUUCCUCAGAUCGUUUCUGAGGGACAUAAUGCGUUUAUAAGAGUCCGGCAAAUUAUUGAUAACAUCCUUCUCGGACAUGAGUUAAUGCAUUAUCUAAAAAUAAAGAAGCAAGGGAAGAAGGGGUACAUGGCUCUAAAGGUUGACAUGGAAAAGGCCUAUGAUAGAGUCGAAUGGCCCUUCCUUCUGGCAGUUUUGGAUAAAAUGGGUUUUAGCUCUGUUUGGCAAGGAUGGAUACAUGAAUGCCUUCGAUCCGCUUCUUUUUCAGUACUGAUUAAUGGUACACCCUCGGGUUUUUUCAAUUCCUCUCGGGGUCUCCGACAGGGAGAUCCUUUGUGGCCUCUCUUGUUUGUGCUAUGCACAUAGGGUUUGCGGCCCUUCUUCGGAAAGCGAUCUCGGAAAAGAAUUUGGAGGGGGUGAAAGUGGCUCCACGUGCUCCUAGAAUCUCGCAUUUGUUUUUCGCGGAUGAUUCCUAUUUAUUCCUGUGAGGUUCUCUUCAGGAGUGCGAGAAUUUAAUUGAGGUGUUGAAUGAGUAUGAGGAGCUGAGUGGGCAGUAGGUUAACCUGGAGAAAUCGGCAGUCUGUUUUAGUAAAAAUGUUGCCUUGCCUGAUCAAGAAUUUUUGGCCGCGAUUCUAGGGGUCGGUGCAGUAGGGUUCCAUGAUAAGUAUCUGGGGUUACCCACUUUGAUUGCCCGCUCCAAAAUGGCGACAUUUCGGUAUUUAGAAGAGAAAUUACUGGAGUGUCUGUAGGGGUGGAAGUAAAGGACAUUGUCCUGG